AUGGCUGGCCAUGAUGCUGAUGCCGCUGGGAGCGAGCAGCAGCCGCUGCUACGAGACUCUCCGAGGCCUAUUCUUGUAGGGCCAGACGACAACAAAUACGACACGAUAGCGACGCUGAGCGAGACCGAAAACGCCGCGGGCCAAGUUCACCCAUCCCGGGCCGUCGAGGACGAUGUACUGCCGGAGACGUCCACUCUAGGCCGGACACUAAGCUGGCAGAGCGCCUACAUCCUCGUCAUAUCCAGAGUCAUCGGCAGCGGCAUCUUCGCGACGCCCGGAGCCAUCCUUCAGUCGGUGGGCAGCCCGGGCCUAGCUCUGUUGCUAUGGAUCGUUGGCACGCUGGUUGCUGCAGCUGGACUGGCCGUGUCUCUCGAGUACGGCUGCAUGCUGCCGCGAUCAGGAGGCGUCAAGGUCUAUCUCGAGUUCACCUACCGUUACCCUAAGCUCUUUGCGACGACGCAGGUCGCCAUCAACGCCGUCUUUCUCGGCUUCACUGCCAGCAACUGCGUCAUCUUCAGCCGUUAUGUGCUCUUUGCAUAUGGCGUAGACAACGCGGGCGCCUUUGCAGCAAAGGGACUGGCGGUGGCUCUCCUGGUGGCUGUAACGGCUAUUCACGCAGUGACGCCCAAAGCAGGCGUCAAGAUACAAGACUUUCUUGGCUGGGUCAAGGUUGGCAUCGUCGUCUUCAUGAUCUUCGCCGGUCUCUACGUUGUAGUCUUCCAACCACCGCUGGAUACCUCGAUCCAGAAGAAUCCGUUGUCGUGGGAUCAUCUGUGGGAUGACAGUGUGUGGAACUGGGGCAUUAUAUCGACGUCGCUGUUCAAGGUCUUUUACGCCUAUGCCGGACUGGACAACGUGAGCAACGUGCUCAACGAGGUCAAGGACCCCGUGCGGACUCUACGCUCUGUCACGCUGACCGCUCUGGUGACUUCAUGCGCCAUGUAUACGCUCAUCAACGUGGCCUACUUUAUCGUCGUUCCCAUUGACGAGAUCAAGGGGAGCGGCGAGCUCAUUGCGGCCUUGUUCUUUCAGCGCGUGUUUGGCGAGCAGGUGGGCAGAAGGAUCUUGCCUUUGGCCGUUGCUCUUUCAGCAGUGGGCAACGUCUUUGUUGUUGCUUUUGCAAUGGCACGGCUGAAGCAAGAGAUUGCCAGACAGGGCUUCUUGCCAUUCUCCGAUAUACUUGCUUCGACGAAGCCCUUCAACUCGCCGUUUGGGGGCCUCAUCGUCAACUUUAUACCUUCAUUUCUCGUCAUUGUGCUACCGCCCACCACGGAGUCUUACUCCUUCAUUCUCGAGGUGGAAGGCUAUCCCGGCCAAGUCUUUACGUUGGCCAUGGGCGUCGGACUUGUGUGGCUACGGUUCAAACGGCCGGACAUCAGGAGGCCGUAUAAAGCGUGGUUGCCCGCUGUUAUACUGAGGAUCCUUCUGAGCAUUGCGCUGCUUGCUGCCCCCUUCUUCCCACCGAAGGAGAAACCCUCCGGAGGGCUAUGGUACGCAACGUAUGCGGUGGUGGGGAUGGGAACGAUUGUGGCUGGUGUACUGUAUUGGUACGUCUGGACCAUUCUGCUGCCCAAAUGGGGAGGUUACACCUUGGAAGAGAAGACUGAGCCUUCAUACGUGGGAAGACCAGAGACGUUCUUGCAGCGGCCGGUAGACUCGCAAAAGGUGACCAUCAAGGACGUUGCGGGAGAAGAGAGCAAUUACACGCUCGACAAGAACGGCUUCCAGAUUCAUCGCCACACUUCGGUCGAGAAGGACUUUUUGGACGAUGAGCAGAUCAAGGCGGCGUAUUACCCGGAGACGGAGCAGCUCCUCAAGGAUGUGACCGGAGCGUCCAAAAUCUUCAUCUUUGACCACACCAUCCGCCGUACCAAUGCCAACGACAACACCGGCCGCGGCCCGGUCCAGCGCGUCCACAUCGACCAGUCCUACUCCGCGGCCCUCUCCCGCGUGCCCUAUCACCUCCCCGAGCAAGCCGACGAGCUCCUCAAGGGCCGCGUCCAGAUCAUCAACGUCUGGCGCCCGAUCAAGCAGAUCCUGCGGGACCCCCUCGCCGUUGCCGAGGCGGACUCUGUCGCGGAGGAAGACCUCGUCCCCGUGGGCUUGAUCUACCCUACGCGCAACGGAGAGACGCUCAGCGUGCGACACAACAAGGGUCACCGGUGGUUCUACAAGUCGGGUUUGACGCCGGAGGAGGUGAUUCUGAUCAAGUGCUUCGAUAGCAAGACGGACGGAAGGGCGAGGCGGGUGCCGCACACGGCGUUUACGGACGCGAGCUCGCCUGCGAAUGCGCCGACGAGGGAGAGCAUCGAGGUUCGAGCCUUGGUAUUUCACGAGGAUGAUAGGGAGUAG